UUCAGAGGAACUCGGCCCGCAGAUCUCCAGCCUGGAGACGGAGUUUGGGCUCCGGGAGUCAAGGUGGAGUCGGAGAAGCUGGAGUCCUCCUUGUCGGACGACUCCCUCAAGAGGGACGACUCCUUCAAGAGGGACGAGCCCAGCGGAGUCGCCCGCCCUCCGGGGGAGUCGUUCUUCAUGCUGCCCGACGUCGCUCCAUCUCCGCAGGCCACGCCCGCUUGAGCUGCUGUACCGCUCUUGUUUUCAGAAGCGACCUGCCCACAACAACAAUAACAACAAGCUGUCGCUGCCUCUGCAGAAGUGGUCUCAUGGAGCAAAGGCACUCGGCGCAGCUCGGUGCAAAAAGGCAUCAAUGCGACCGGUGUGCAUACAGCACGGAUCGUCCUGAACAUUUGACACGGCACCAGAGAACUCACACAGGAGAGAAACCCUUCAAGUGCAGUGUGUGUGGGAGGGCGUUUGCAAAUUCAUCUGCUCUUGUAACACACCAGAGAACACACACGGGAGAGAACCCCUUCAAGUGCAGUGUGUGUGGGAAGGCGUUUUCAGAUUCAUCUAAUCUUGUAACACACCAGAGAACACACACGGGAGAGAAACCCUUCAAGUGCAGUGUGUGUGAGAAGGCGUUUGCACAGUCAUCUGCUCUUGUAUCACACCAGAGAUCACACACGGGAGAGAAACCCUUCAAGUGCAGUGUGUGUGAGAAGGCAUUUGUACAGUCAUCUGCUCUUGUAGCACACCAGAGAACACACACGGGAGAGAAACCCUUCAAGUGCAGUGUAUGUGGGAAGGCGUUUUCAGAUUCAUCUAAUCUUGUAACACACCAGAGAACACACACGGGAGAGAAACCCUUCAAGUGCAGUGUGUGUGGGAAGACGUUUGCACUUUCAGCUCAUCUUGUAGCACACCAGAGAACACACACGGGAGAAAAACCCUUCAAGUGCGGUGUGUGUGGGAAGACGUUUGCACUUUCAGCUCAUCUUGUAGGACACCAGAGAACACACACGGGAGAAAAACCCUUCAAGUGCGGUGUGUGUGAGAAGGCGUUUACACUUUCACAAAAUCUCCAAAGACACCAGAGAACACGCAAGCAUCAGAAGAUCCACCAGGAGUGGAGUGUGAAAUCAGCUUGUGAAAGUAAAAGUGCUGCAAUGAGCCCAUCCCUCAUCAAACAAGAACCGGAAGAAAAUCCCAGCUUGGACACUUUCAAAGAAAUCAAGGUGAAAUAUGAAGAGGUGAAGGUGAAAUGUGAAGAUGUGAUGGUGAAGAGCGAAGAAGUGAAGGUAAAAUGUGAAGAUGAAGAUUCAACUCCCAAAUCGGACCUUCGCAUCGAUGGAGGCAACGUGAAGCAGGAGGAGAAUUCUGACUGCGAGGCAGAGCGAGGCAACUCCCAGCAGUUUGUGGAAGUGGAGGUGUGGGUGGACUUCCUCCGAGACAAUACAAAGUCUAAUGGAGACCCGGGAGAUGCGUAAGCCUUAGACCAGUGGUUCUUAACCUGGGUUCGAUCGAACCCCAGGGGUUCGGUGAGUCAGUCUCAGGGGUUCGGCGGAGGUUAAGACACACACCUGACUCGUAUGAUUGUGCACCAGUAAAACAUGUACCUAUGUUUUGAAUUUGAAAAAAAUUUUUUAUUUUUCCAAUUAAGAAGGGUUCGGUGAAUGCGCAUAUGAAACUGGUGGGGUUCAGUACCUCCAAAAAGGUUAAGAACCACUGCCUUAGACGAUGCCGCUCCAACAGAUGCACCUUUGUCACAGGCCUUUAAUGACAAGAAUGUGAAGUUGAACACUCAGGUGCUAGGUUCAACCUGCAGGGUAAGAGCGGCCAGUCGUUGUGGACCUGUGUGUUGGGUAGACCUCUAACCAGGAGCGAGAGCCAAUAAGCUCCCAAGCAUUCACUGUUAUCAAUUGCAUUUAUAUUGUGCUUGCUUAAUCGCCCCAGCAAUUCGUAGUUUUGUAUCGUAUCUCGUCUCAAACACUCGAAGAGCAUCCCCAAGUAGCAGCUGCCCCUGUGUGGCACAAGGUGGUGGCCCUGCACCGCACACACACCGUGUACACACACUGUGUACACACACACCAUGUGCACACACACACACCGUGUACACACACUGUGUACACACACACACACACCAUGUACAUACACACACACGGUGCACACACACACGCACUGUGUACCCUAAAAACCCUAAAAGACCCUAAAAACCCCGAAAACCCCAAAAAUCCCCUAAAAACCCAAUAACCCUAUAAAACCUUAUAAAACCCUAAAAGACCACAAAAACCCCUAAGAAAAUCCUAUAAAACCCUAAAACCCCUAAAAGACCCCAAAAAACCCUUAAAAACCCAAAAACCCUUUAAAACCCCUAAAAACCUCACAAAACCCGAAAAGACCCCGAUAAACCGUAAAAAAACCCUAAUAAACCCUAUAAACCCCUAAAAGACCCUCAAAACCCCCCAAAAAACCUAAAAAAUCCUAGAACCCCAAAAACCCUAAAAACCCCCGAAAAAUCCUAAAA